AUGGAAGACAUGAUGGAAAUAGAUCCAUCAGAUUUUCGUGGCACGAAGCGCCCUAUUGACGAGGUUGAAGUCUUAGAGCCUGCCAAGCCAAAGAGAAUCAAGGCUCUAGAUCCCGACGUCGUCAAUAAGAUCGCCGCCGGAGAGAUUAUUGUGGCUCCUAUGCACGCCUUGAAGGAGCUCAUCGAAAACGCCGUUGAUGCGGGCUCUACAUCGAUUGAGGUUCUAGUGAAGGAGGGAGGACUGAAGUUGCUACAAAUCACAGACAAUGGGCACGGCAUUGAUCGGGAUGACAUGCCGAUACUUUGCGAGAGAUUCACAACAUCUAAACUCAAGGAUUUUGAAGAUCUUUCUUCAAUCGGUACAUACGGUUUCCGAGGCGAAGCACUCGCCAGUAUCAGUCAUAUUGCCCAUUUAACUGUGACCACAAAGACCGCUGGCUCAAGUUGUGCCUGGCGAGCACAUUACGGUGCUGGAAAACUGGUCCCUGCAAAACCGGGGCAGAGUGCAUCUCCCAAGGCGAUAGCUGGAAGGGGUGGAACACAGAUCACGGUCGAAGAUCUAUUCUAUAAUAUUCCCACCCGUCGUCGUGCCUUUCGCUCCGCAAGCGAAGAGUAUGCUAAGAUCCUCGAUGUGGUUGGCCGGUAUUCUGUGCACUGCGCCGGCGUUGCCUUCUCUUGUCGCAAGCACGGUGAUUCUGGAGUCAGCAUCUCGACACCAUCAAGUGCAAACACCAUCGACCGAAUUCGCCAGAUUCAUGGUAGCGCAGUUGCAAGCGAACUGGUUGAGUUCAAAGUAUUAGACGAAAAGCUUGGAUUCCGUGCCUCCGGGUUAGCGACCAAUGCGAAUUAUCAUGUCAAGAAGACGGGAAUUCUCCUUUUUAUCAAUCACCGUGCCGUAGAGUCAACGGCUAUAAAACGUGCUGUCGAGCAGACUUAUUCCACAUUUCUACCCAAGGGUGGACAUCCUUUUGUUUAUCUUGAUCUGGAGAUCGAGCCGCAUCGCGUAGAUGUGAAUGUCCAUCCAACGAAACGAGAGGUAAACUUCCUCAAUGAGGACGAAAUCGUCGACAUGGUUUGCACUGAAAUCAGAUCCAAGCUUGUACAGGUCGACUCAAGCCGCACAUUCCUGACGCAAAGUCUCUUGCCGGGAGUGCAGACCAUUGAAACGAUCCAACUUGAUAACGGUGGCUCUUCAGAUGGAGUGACAAAUACAAAGUCAGCAAGCACUCCCAAAACACCAGCAACAGUCAAAAAACCAUAUGAAAACAACCUGGUCCGCACAGACUCCAAAGUCCGCAAAAUCACCUCCAUGCUUACACCAGUCGCAAUUUCCUCGCCUUCACUAAAUGGACUAAACAAAUCUGGAAAUGCAGAGCCAAUACCAGAUGACGGCCUCCAGUACGAGACCACAGACCGACAACCCCUCCGCAUCGCCCUCUCCUCAGUCAAAAAUCUCCGCAGCAUAGUCCGCACCACAAUGCACAACACCCUUACAGAGAUGUUUGCAUCGCACACAUACGUGGGGGUAGUGGACGAGCAACGACGUCUAGCAGCAAUACAAUCUGGCAUAAAGCUCUACCUAGUCGAUUACGGGCUCGCAUGUAAUGAAUUCUUUUACCAAGUCGGACUAACAGACUUCGGGAACUUCGGCACCAUAAAACUCGAACCACCACCCAAACUUGUCGAUCUCCUACAAAUAGGAGCAGAAGCAGAGCAACAAAACCAUAAUUGUAACGACAAAGAAGCCGAGAAUAUAUUUUCUGACGCUGCGGAAAUCGUUGCCCGUACUCUCAUUGAGCGUCGGGAGAUGCUGGACGAAUACUUCUCGCUCAAGGUUAGCGCAGAUGGCGAGUUACUCACCAUACCACUACUGUUAAAAGGAUACGUUCCCUCGCUGGCGAAGCUACCUAGAUUCCUGCUUCGACUGGGUCCGUACGUGGAAUGGUCUAACGAGGAAGACUGUUUCCACACUUUCCUGCGUGAGCUGGCUGCCUUUUAUACACCGGAACAGUUACCUGUUUCUCCGUCAAAAUCUGCAGAGAGUUCAAAUCCAGAUGUCCCUGCGAUUGAGGAAGAUGUCUUCAUUGUCACACGACGGGCACAGAUGAUUCGGAUGUUGGAGUAUGAUGUCUUCCCGGCGCUGCGUGCGAGGCUGGUGGCUACAUCCCGGAUGCUGCGUGGUGUGGUAGAGGUCGCUGAUCUCAAGGGUCUUUAUAGGGUGUUUGAGCGGUGCUAG